UGUCUGAACUGAGUACACUGCACUUGCUGGCCUUAAACAGAGAAAAAAUAGCUUAAAAUCAGCUAGACAGCGCCUAAAACCCCUUUAUCAGCUCAUUAUAGAUCAAUAAUCAGAGCUGUAAGAAGCAAAUUUGACUUUCAGAUCAUUGAAAAAAGAGAAAUCAGAUAAAUAGAGGAGGGCGUGACAAGCAGACAGCCGAGCAGGCAAGCUGCUGCUGCAAGGAGAGGAAGAGCCGGCGAUGCAUCAGCCAAAGCCAGAGGUCAAGAAAAAAAGUGAAAGGAUAGUGAAAAGGUAGACACUGAGAGAGGAGGGUCCUUUGUGAUCUGAGCCAGAAAAACAGAAACCAGCCUCUCUUUGUUGUUGUGUGGGCCACCGAGCAGGGAUGUGAAGGAGGGCAGCAGGGAGGAAGGGAGGCAACGGCAAGAAAGACUGCAAGAAAAUGCUCUCAGAGAUGAUGUGCAGGAGGAGCUGCCAGCAGCAGCAGGAUGGCAAAGAGGCUCCGCAGAGGGACCCUUCCAGCCGCAGGAAGCACGGCUGGUCCAAGGGCUGCAGGGGGCGCAUGCAGGGGCGGAGAACUGGAGUGGGAGGGUGGCCAAGAGGGCGCAAUCACCAGCAGCCCCCUCAACGACACCAUCCUCAUCCCAGACACUUCCAGAGGCCAGCAAUGUCACUCCGGCCCGUUAACAUUAAAGGGAACAGAGCGAGGGGGAUGCGAGCCCCCAAGAACACAAACCAGUUUUUGAUGCACGAGAAGUACCAGAUGCUACACAUGCGCUCCGACUCAGUGGGGAGUGACAGUGGGAGCAGCUCGGAUAGCGAGGUGGAGCUCACAGACAUGGACUCAUACCUGUGCGUCCUGGAAAAUGCAAGAGGAGCCCUGUUGGACAGUCCCAACCCACACAGCUCAACAGCGCCCCCUGGACAGAUCGUGGUUCUGCAUGAGGACAGUCUGCGUCUGCAGGAGGACAGCAUGCAGUAUUUCCCCUCUGAAGACGACCUGAUGCAGAGCCAGAACUUCAUGCAGAGAGACUUUGUUGAGUUCUGUGACAUCCUGACACCCUGAAAAGAAACUCUCAUGAGACUAUUUUGUUCUCGACAGUGUGAAACUCUAACCUCGGGGACAGGGAGAUGGGAUCGGUGGUGGGAGUGAGCCUGAACAGCCAAUCGGCAUCGAGUUGGCUGGAUUAGGCUGCAGAUGAUUGGCCGAUGCAGACUGUCAUUGAAAAAAAAAUAUAUUAACUGUGAAGAAGAACAGAAGAAAAAAAUCAGAAAUAAAUAUCGGAUUGAUGCAA